AUGCCUAUCCAACUUCUCCGCCGCCUAGCCAGGCCAAUUCUCCUCCAAAACCCCUGCGCAUAUCUUCCCCGACCCGCGAGACCGUCAAUUGCCCCCUCGAUCACACGAUCCGCCCUGCCAAUCCGAACUUUUACAGCAUCUGCCCCACGACCCAAAUGUACCUUGAUACAAGUGAGGACGAAGGGUCGCAAUGAUCGAAAAGCCCGAAAACUGCGAUCUCCGGCGCUGGCGAACAGGCCAGAAAUGAAGGGUGUCUGUUUGAAGGUUGGAACGACGAAACCUAAGAAGCCCAACUCUGGAGAGAGGAAGAUUGCAAGAGUGAGAUUGAGCAGCGGAAAGAUCGUUACAGCUUAUAUUCCUGGAGAGGGUCAUAAUGUGCAGCAGCAUUCGGUCGUUAUGGUACGUGGAGGUCGAGCGCAGGAUUGCCCUGGUGUGAAAUAUCACUUGGUGCGAGGCGCUCUGGAUUUGGGUGGUGUUGGAAAUCGUAUCACAGCAAGAUCGAAAUACGGAACGAAGAAACCCAAGCAGACCGCUUAA